AUGGCACAUUUAAUCCGAAGCAAGUUUCAAAAUAAACUGUCAAAUGCGGCCACCUCCGUGUCGAAUAAAUCCACCGCGAAGGUGAGCGGCAUGAUGGCCAGGAUGGGCUUCCAGGCCGCCACAGACGAGGAGGGGCUGGGAUUCGCCGCCUGCGAUGAUUUGGAUUACGACCACCGGCAAGGACUGCAGAUGGACAUCAUGAAAUCGGAUGAAAUGGGUGGUGGUGACGCUGGAGAGGGGAGUGGAGAGGGUGGGAUGGGUGGAGGAGAAGAUGGAAUGGCGGGUGGGGACAGCCACUACCAGAGAGAUGGCACCGGCCCUCCGCUCUCCGCUUCUAAAGCCUCAGGUCUGGGCGAAGAAGAAAAAUCACCGAAAAUCACGGCUUGGGAAGCUGGCUGGAAUGUCACGAAUGCAAUCCAGGUAAAGAGGCAUAAUUGAAACAGCAUGGCGCUUGCAGGUGUCCUCUCCCACUCAUUCAUUCAUUCAUUACUUUGUGUUACCUGCCAUAUAUAGGCUAGCCAAAUGUAAAUAAAUGUAAGCCUAAAUAGAUUUUCUUUCAGUCAAGCCAAAUUGAUUGCGAACACAAAUCCCUCGUGAAAAGGCAAAUGGAGGCUCAGGCAUUCGAUGUUCCAACAGUCUCGUAAACCCGACCCUAGGCAACAGCAGUGACUGUGUUAAGCCGGAACAUUUAAAAAUUGUGGGAGGCAACCCGGAUGUCUAGAGACACUAUUAUUCCAAGGGUUUGUUAUAUCAAUUCAAACAAUUAGCCCGAGCCCAAUUCACACAAAAACAACCUUUUGAUUUUGGAUUAGGAGAUGAAUUAGGGUAUUUGGAGAUCAUUUCUGUGGUUUGGGAAGGUUAAUAACCUAUUAAAAAACUGGAUAAUCUACACGCUGUUACAAUAAGAGGUUAACCAAGGCGAAAAACGUAAUGUUUUGUUGUAUUUCAUUAUCUGAAGCCAUAUACAUAGCCUAGAGAAUAAUGAUAAAAUAUCUAGGAUAUAAACACAAAUAUUCUAAUUCCAUGGACUCCCAGUUGAUAGAAGAAAAUGAGGCGUACUGAUCUGUUGAUGCGGGUUUACGCACGAGCUUGGCUCUGUUGAUCUGGAGCGCAUUCAAGCAGCAGUUAUACUAUUCGAAAGUACUGAAUCUCCCCUUCAGAUCGACAGGUGACCUUCUAGAUAGUCAUUUCGUCAAGGUCAUUAAGAUAUAUAGACUAAACUAUGCUACUCUGUGCUUUCCUCGAUAGCCUAUCAUAUACUUUAUAGCUAGUCUAUAGCUCAUUUCAUCGUUGCAUUAAGCACAGGCUAUGCGUGUCUAUCACCUACAAAGUUGUAAUACCUGGCUACACAGUGUAAUAACGGGUCUGGGGCGACCGUUGAAGUGUAUUUCGCAAAAAAGUCCCCAAGACAAACGCCCUCCCAUCAUGCGUUAUUAAGGCUAUGAUCAUCAUCAUGACAGUCACCAUUACAUCAGGACGUGUCUCGUUCACCCUAUUGAUGACGACAAAAUUAGCUGGAAAGAGCACGCUCACAGCUAAAUGGAAUGCCCACCAGAACCCACACCAACAAGCAAGCAUGUCACCCAUUGAAUCGUGUACACACUAUCUCAUAAUGCAUAAUGCAUGUAGGCCUAUUUAAAGUGCAAUAGUCAUUCAACAAAUGCUCAAUUUUGUAAAAUAUUAUUUAAUUGGCAAUCCUAUAUUUAUGCCCACCCAUCUCCAACCUGUUUAGUUAUUAUCAACAAACACCAGGCUACAUUUUGUAAAUGUUUAUCUUGAAUUGACGUGGUUAUUAUGCCCAUAAAUAACUUAUUGUAUGUUUUCAGGGGAUGUUUGUUCUGGGUUUACCAUACGCCAUUCUCCACGGGGGAUAUCUCGGACUGUUUCUCAUUAUUUUCGCCGCCGUCGUGUGUUGCUACACGGGGAAAAUCCUCAUCGCCUGCCUGUACGAGGAGGAUGAAGACGGCCAACUGGUGCGUGUAAGGGACUCAUACGUGGACAUUGCAAACGCAUGUUGUCAACCGAGGUUUCCAUCUUUAGGUGGCCAUAUCGUGAAUGUAGCCCAGAUCAUUGAGCUGGUGAUGACGUGCAUCCUGUACGUGGUUGUGAGCGGGAACCUGAUGUACAAUAGCUUUCCCACCCUCCCCAUCUCACAGAAGGCCUGGGCCAUCGUGGCCACCGCAGCCUUGCUGCCCUGCGCCUUCCUUAAGAACCUGAAGUCCGUGUCAAAGUUCAGUUUGCUGUGCACUAUCGCGCACUUCGUCAUCAACAUCCUGGUAAUAGCCUACUGCCUCUCCAGAGCGCGCGACUGGGCCUGGGACAAAGUCAAAUUCUACAUCGAUGUGAAGAAGUUCCCCAUUUCUAUUGGAAUCAUCGUGUUCAGUUACACGUCUCAGAUUUUCCUACCGUCACUCGAGGGGAACAUGGCGAAGCCCAGCGAGUUCCACUGCAUGAUGAACUGGACCCACAUCGCUGCAUGCGUCCUCAAAGGCCUGUUCGCCCUUCUGGCCUACCUGACCUGGGCGGAUGCCACCAAGGAGGUCAUCACCGACAACCUGCCGUCAACCAUCAGGGCUGUUGUGAACCUUUUCUUAGUGGCCAAAGCCUUACUGUCAUACCCAUUGCCAUUCUUCGCUGCGGUUGAAGUAUUGGAGAAAUCAUUCUUCUGUGAACGAGAACGCACAUGGUUCCCAGAUUGCUAUGGAGGCGAUGGAAGACUGAAAGCAUGGGGCCUCACUCUCAGAUGCGCCCUUGUGGUGUUCACGUUGUUCAUGGCCAUUUAUGUACCGCAUUUUGCUCUUCUGAUGGGUCUGACCGGCAGCCUGACGGGCGCGGGGCUAUGCUUUCUGCUCCCCAGCCUCUUCCACCUCAAGCUACUAUGGAGAAAGCUGCUAUGGCACCAUGUGUUCUUUGAUGUCGCCAUAUUUGUAAUAGGAGGUAUAUGCGCCAUCUCUGGUUUAAUCCACUCAAUGGAGGGACUCGUAGAAGCUUACAAGUAUGGCAUAGAAGAUUAG